CAGUAUACCAGCUCCCUGGUGUUGCCUGCACACUGGAGCUACAGGGCUACUACCACAUCUCCCAAAAUAGUUUUUUUUCCCAACAUUUCCAUCCUUACUGAUACAGUGUUUCCCACCGUAAACAUGGAAAUGCGGCUCACCAAGAAAGAAGGAAAAGACCUGGUGGAGGUUGAGUGCCGGGCAACAGGAGGAAGGCCUCACCCAGACAUCACGUGGUCUCUGCCCAGCUCUACUGAUGCUCCGCCUCCUCAGAACUGUGGCCAGGGACUCCAGUCAGUGGCGAGCUGCUGCUGGUUCCCACCGUAUCUCUUUGAAGGGGAAAAUAUCACGUGUGUCUUUGGCUACUCAGUUCUUUCUGCUGUACAGACGAGAACUAUAACACUGCCAACCUACCAUCUCAGGUCUCUACAGCUGAAGCGAGACAGCAUUGGAAUGAACAGUGAAAACACUUCCAUUGUGUUGACACUAGAACAAGGGGACAGAAACAUCAUUAUCGGCAUGGAAACACUAGGGAACGUACCGAGUUAUGAAAUCAGCUGCAGCAAGGAUGGUGAACCUCUGUCAGAAGAUAUAGCCGUGGUGGACAGCGAACUCUCCAUAACAGGCCCUGUCGGCACAAUCCUGGCUGGCCAGUACCAAUGCCAAGCCUCCUACCACAAACAUACAGCUUCCUUACAGUUUGAGAUUAAAGUGAACCCCAGAAUCCUGUUACCAGUGUCUUUCCCUCCAAACAUAAGUGUAAACCUCAGGAAAGAAGCAGAUAGUAUUUACGUUGAGUGUUUAGCCCUGGAUGCGACUCCAGCUGCAAACAUAUCCUGGAUCCUUCCAGAAGACCUGAACACCACGGUGAAGUCUGACAUCACUUCCUCUAACAGAUCGCACUCUGUGAGAAGCGUCCUAACGUUACCUGCCUGCUGGCCCCAAGUUCUUACGGUCCAGUGUGUGGUUGACCAUGUCGGGACCUAGCAGAUACAGAGAGGCGCGAACUUUGUCUUUCCCCGU